UAGUUUGUUUAAACAAGCCAAUCUCGCACCAAGCUUAUAGACCUAUAAACAAUAAUAGUACUUAUUCAUGCUCUAGUCGAUUGUCUGAGAAAGCUGAAGAUAGAAGAAUAAGGUUUAAGAAAAAUACUCGACUUGAAACUUAGCUGUUGUUAGAACCAUCGGCCUCCUUUGAAUUAUACAAUCAAGUGGUACGACUUAAGUUUCAACGAGUUCCACGAAACUUUUUAUACUUUUUAACACAGAUAAUAAGUGAGGAGACUCAGGUGGGCUAGAGAAAAAAAUUGAGUAGUGGAAUUAAUAUUUUCGAAUCACAUAGUGCUUGCCUGUAAAGACGAGCCUGGAGUAGGAUUUGAGUAGGAAACCCGAAACGUCGUUGUCAACACCAGAACCCAUGAAGUAGUCGCAGUGCAAAAACACAGUUCCUGAGACAGCUUUAUUGCCCAAUUCCUCUCUAAAAUAGUCUAAAUUUCAUUUAGAGCAUUCAGUUUUAGAAACUUCAGACUGUUCAGUGAAAAAAAACAAAAAAACAUGCAUUUUUAAUUAUAAUUCUGGAGAGGAGGGAUAUACGUUUUGGCAUUCAAUUUCGACUGCCACCUCAAGCUUGAGAACUAAGAGUGCUGAAAUGCCAACGCUGUGCGGAUUAGACGAGACAACCAGUGGAAUGGCGGCAGUGUGCUCGGGAUGCAACGGAAGAAUUAUGGAUCGUUACUACCUCAUGGCUGUAGACCGACAAUGGCAUGUUAAUUGUCUCAAAUGUUGUGAAUGUAAACUUCCUCUGGACUCCGAACUAACUUGCUUCUCCCGAGACGGGAAUAUCUACUGUAAGAAAGACUACUACAGAUUAUUUUCUGUGAAAUUGUGUGCAAGAUGUCAUCUGGCAAUCAGUUCAACUGAGUUGGUGAUGCGUGCUCGGGACUUCGUGUACCACCUCCACUGUUUCACUUGCACGACUUGUAAUAAGCCUUUCACUAAAGGGGAAUAUUUCGGCCUGAAAGAUGACGCCAUUUACUGCCGUUACCACUAUGAACUACUGAUACAGUACACGUAUCCAUACAACGCUUCCAGUAGCGAGGUUACUUCUACGACAACGUAUUCCGAAUACGACCGACCUACGCACGAAGACACUGCAAUUAACAACAAUCUUUGUUCGUCUGAUGUUUGCGAACUUACUGGGCUAAGCUCAAUCUGUCACACGGCAAGCUCAGACUCAUCUAGUGUAACAUACCCACCGACAAAAGGAAGACCGAAAAAACGAAAAGGGACCAGUUUGAUCACGAACAGAGGAUCAACCAACAAUUGUGCCGUUGAAGAAACAUGUGGAGUUAUCGCCUCCCAAGAAACGUCACUUCCAAGAUUCCAGCAUACAACCGGGAUUAGAAAUACGUCAGGAAAAAGACCAAAACGCCUGCGUACUUCUUUUAAACACCAUCAAGUGCGAACUAUGAAAUCUUAUUUUUUAAUCAACCAUAAUCCUGAUGCCAAAGAUUUGAGACAAUUGUCUCAAAAAACAGGACUUAGCAAACGGGUGCUUCAGGUCUGGUUCCAAAAUGCACGAGCAAAAUGGAGAAGAAACUUACUGCGCCAGCAGACACAAGGACCUGAAGUUGCACAAGAAUCAAAACCACUGGUGGAAAUGACGUCACAAGAGACGUUGCUCAGUGUUCAGAGACCAUCAGCUGAACAACACCUCACCCCGAUCACACAAGAGGAACAGAAUGUUUAUACGUAUACAAGCGUAUUCUGAGUAUAGGUAGUAAUUUGCUAUUAUAUUUGGUUUUAAAGCUUAGCACCGAACUCGUUAAAGUUAGGGUUCUGUGUCAUGGUUUAAUGCUAUAUUGGACAAAUAGAGAAAAAGAAAUCCCGUAGCUCAACGUGAAAACAAAGAAAUAUUUGACUCCGGUUGGCCACGCGCAAAGUUCUCAUAGAAGUGACAGAGAACAGGACAGAUGUGUAUUAUUAAACCAACCAAUAAACGUAUGCUACCCUUCUCUUGUAGCUACUUGGCUAUAUUAAUUACCUAUGCAUGGCCAAACGUAAAAUCACUACUAUCAUUGGUUUGUUGAUUGUUAUUUUAACUGAACAAAAAGUCAAAAACUAUAAAGGAAACUAAACUACAAUUUUACCUCAAAUGAAUAUUAUUGUGUCAUCACGGCCAAUUAAAACAUCUUUGCUCUCUUGCAGUAACAACACAAAUGAAGUUUGACAGAAUGAAAAUCAUAAGGUUAAACUUUCCGUCAGUGAAUGAUGAUAGUAUUAGUCGAUUAAGCAUCUUUUUAAGCGAUUCAUGUAAAAUUUGUGCGAGAUGAAAAGUAAUUCAAAGACGAGCAGUAAAGUAUUGUCCAAUAAAAUAUACCCAUAGUCGACAAGCUUCUUAAUAGGAAGUGAACGAAGCAAUAACAAUGGAAUAUUGGUUUUAUAAACUUAUGAUGAAAUAGGUUUCUUAAAUAGUACGUGCAGUCCUGACCACAGGAAUAAUUGUAAAUGCUAUAAAGCAAUAUAUACGUUAUUGACUGUACAUAUUACGCGAGGGAAGGAUUUCGAUAUGAAUUUAGCCUAAAUAUUGUAUUAUUUAUUAUGCAUGUUUUCAUAUUUAAAUACGAUUGUACAUAGUGUACGGGAUAUAUUUACGACGGCAACGUCCACGUACAAAUCAGGAAAUAUUAAGUGAAUUGCGUCAGAAAUUGGGCAAGUCAUUAACAAAGUUUAGAAUUCAGCAUACGUAUACUGUUGCAAAAGUGAUAUACCAUUCUCAAUUCAAGCUAUAAACGUGUCAGCAUUUACUAUUAAAAGAAUGUAGUAUUUUGCCUGAUGUCGAACGUAUGUUAAGUAUAAAUAUGAUAUUUAUCAUAUUUAGCAGAGUAAUUUGUUUCCAUUUUCAAAAUAAUUACAGGACGAUUAUGUUAUACGUAAGAAUAAAGUUGGUCAAUAAUUAUGUUUGUUAUCUAUAUACUUAUAGUGAAAGGCACUUUGCCAUUUAUCGUUAAAACAUGUUGAAUACUUCAGAAUUCAUUGUGUUGGAUGAGUGAAUAAUGUACGUGUCAAUAUUAAGCCUACUUUGUAAUGCAACACUGCUUGUGGUUAAAAUGUAUUCUUCCCCAAUUAUAAUUUUAAGGUUAACUUCGACAUUUCAGUGCAAUUUUCAUUUGGAAUUUAUAUUGGUUAUUGAUCAGUAAAUUCAAUGGAUGUAGACGUUAAACAUGUUUAGAAGUAUGA